GCUGUAAAUCUGCUUACAAAGACUUUUUUUAUUUUAUUAGUUGAGAAUUUUGUACAUUGUGUUUUGAUCAUAUUCACCUCCCCCAACCCUUCCCAGAUUUAGCCCUUUCCCUUCCCAUCCAACUUUAUGUGCUCUUUUUUUCCACCCAUCAAGUCCAAUUUGUGCUGACAAUAUAUUAUUUGAUUUGUGGCCUUCUGCUAGAACAUGGUCAACUCAAGAGUGAACUUCCAGAGCAUAGUGGCACACACCUUUAAUCCCAGCAAUCAGGAAGCAGAGGCAGACAGAUCUCCAAAUUCGAGGUCAGCCUGGACAACAGGCUACACAGAGAAAUCCUGUCAUGAAAAACAAAAAUAAAAAAGGGGGCUCUAUACUCGUAAAGAAAACUGACUCUCCCCUCCCAACAGCUAUCAGUUGCUAACAGCUUUCACUACAGAUGUAUAAGUUAGACCUCUCGGCAGAUUCCAAGGAAAUGGCAGCCAUUGAGGCUAGAAGAAAUCGAGAAAGGGAACGACAACGUCGAUUCUUCAAUGUGCGGAACCGAGUCAUGGGGGUGGAUGUGGAAGCCCUGAACUACCAGGUGGAGGAACGAAAGCUCCGGGAGGCAACAGAGCGAAGCAAAGAUGUGGCUUAUGGUACCAAGCAUGCUCAGUAUGAUCUGGUAGCACAGAUGAUAGAAAAGGAAGAGGCAGAGCGAGCAUACCGAUUGUCCAAGAAAGUACAGGAUUUUCGGGAGCAAAGGCAGCAAUUUAAGAAUGGACAUGAAUUUGACUUCUGGGACCCAAACCAACGCCCGGAGGUUCCAGUCCCUUAUUUUGAAAAUGAAACAUAUUUUGGCCCAGCCAACAUGCAGUACUUUUCUGGAGAGGCCCUGGAGAGGGCCUCAUGCUUAAGAAUACAGCAGGAACAGCUCAGAUACAACCUGGAAAAACAGCUACGGGAGCAACAGGCAGCCAGAGAAGAGGAGGCACGAGCAGUUCUGCUUAGUAACCAGCUGCGCCUUGCUGUGGACACACGAGCUGCUGAAAUGGCCAGGCUGGAAGAGUCCUGUCGAGCAGCUAUAAGGACUGCUAUGGCCAAUGCCAACAAAGCCCAGGCAGCCAAGCAGGCCCUGCAGCAGCGCCGUGAACAGCAGCAGCAACAGGUGGCCAACCUCAGGGAGAUCAAGAAACAAAUCACCAGUGAUCUACUGACUGAGAAUCCUCAAGCUGCCCAACGCCCCCAGGCUCCGCACCGGGUCCUGCCCUAUUGCUGGAAGGGCAUGACUGCAGAGCAGCGAGCUGCCAUCAGGAAAACCCAAGAAGCACAAAGGCAGGAGAAAAAGGAACAACGCCAAGCCGAAAAGUCCUUGGAAGCUGAGUGGGGAAAACAAACCAAACGCUUGGCUGAAGCAGCACUGGAGCUGGAACAACAGGAGAAGGAAUUGUGUGCGGAAUUUCGAAGGGGGCUAGGCUCCUUCAACCAGGAGUUAGCUAAGGAACAGCAAGCCCGGCAAAAUUAUCUGAAUUCACUCAUCUACACCAAUCAACCUUCCAACCAUUAUUACCUACAGUUCAACAACAGCAGCCGCUGAACUCAGGAUGGUCACAUCCAUCCUCACCUGUCAGUUUCACAAGUUGCUGGCAGUCAGAAAGAAAAUGCUACAUAUCCCCACUCUAGUCUCUCCCGAUCAGGAGGGAACUAAGCCCAAACCUUUCUACCCAAGGUAAUAAAAGUUAUUCACUGCAAUGAACGAUGUGUUGUGACAGUAUACAAAAAGUGUGAGAUACCACCUUUCCCACUGCACACUGGGGUGCUUAUGUAUCCCACCUCAAAGCCUUCACUUUCC